AUGACCGCUGCCUCUAAUGUGCUUGCUGGUCCUGUUCAACCAGAGCGCCAUGUCCAAACUUGCAAUGGGCUCGUCAACCCUGGCUUCGAGACUGGCAGCCUCGAAGGCUGGCAGGUAGUUGACGGCAACGCAUUUGGCAACAUCUCAGUCACAGACUCGGUGUCAUAUUGGGACGGACCGUUUCAUCAAGACCAGAAGUACUUCAUCUUGGGCACCGCCCAGGCUGGAGAAUCUGCCACUGGCAACUUGAAGUCGAGCUCUUUCCGCGCCACGUCCAAGUUAAGCUUCCUGAUUGGCGGAGGUUAUGAUCCGGAUCAUCUGUACGUCGGUUUAGUCAGAGACCACGACAACGAGCUUCUCCUGAGGCAGACGGGCAUCAACGACGAAGCCCUCAUUCGGAUCAUCUGGGACACGAGCGAGUGGGCCGGCCAACAGGUACACAUUAUUGUCCACGACAGUAGCAUGGAGGAGUCAUGGGGCCAUAUCAACUUUGACGACCUACGAAUUGGGCGCCAUGCUCUUGGCAACGGUCCAGGUCAGACCUUCCAUGUAAUCGGACAGUCGAACCAACCUUCGGGUGACAGUUCGCCAGCAUGUUCUUUGUAUGCCGAGGACCCAAUCCGUCCACAGUAUCACUACACCCCGUACCAGGGGUGGAUCAACGAUCCUGCCGGACUUUCUCAAUGGAACGGACACCACCAUCUCUUCAGCCAAUUCUUUCCCGACUCUCCUUUCUGGGGACCCAUGCACUGGGCUCACGCAGAGAGUACCGAUGCUGUACACUGGCGCACGCUGCCGGAUGCGCUCUCGCCGAAGAGGACUGAGAUCCCAGGAGAUGAUUCAGGACGGUUCACUGGAAGUGCAAUGAUUCACGAAGAUGAACUACAUCUUGUCUUCACGGAAUACGUUGAUGUGCGGGCCCACCCGCAUGCCGUGCAAGAGACCGUCGAUGUCUCAAGUAGCGAAGACGGCAUCAACUUCAAGCCUUACGCUCACAAUCCGGUCGUUCCUGGCCCUCCCGACGGAGCUCCUGUUUUUUUCCGUGAUCCCAAGGUGUUCUAUGACCCGACGGACAACUCUUGGAAGAUGGUCGUUGGUGCAACAAACAGCGUUGACGGGCAGGUGCAGCUGUACCGUUCCAUCGAUGGUCCGUUCUCCUGGUCUCAUGUGGGCAUCAUGUACACUGGAAAUGGCAGCACCGGCCCCCUUUGGGAAUGUCCCAAUUUCUUCCCUCUUGAAGAUAAAUGGGUUCUCUUUUAUGGAGGAAACGGCCUGGGGUGGUACGAGACCGGCACCUUCAACGGAUCAGUAUUCAUUAGUGAGAAGCGAGGUCUCCUCGAUGCUGGCCCCGCAAGCUACGCAAUGCAGUGGUACAAGGAUGAGUCUGGGCGUGAUCUCGCCAUUACUUGGAUGGGCAACUGGCCGACUCCAAAGUGGCCAAGUCGCGCCAACGGCUGGGCAGGACAGCAGUCUAUCACCAGAGAGCUAUUCCUUCGCGAUGACGGAGGUCUGGGUAGCCGCCCCAUUCCGGAAUUGGCGAGUCUUGCUCAGGGCAAGGUUCAACGAUCGGGGCCUGUACUUGUGGGCGAUAUGGUCCACAUCAUCGGGAGCUCGAACACGGCCAGAGUAAAGCUCAGCAUUGACUUGGGAACCACAACAGCUUCUUCUUUCACGCUGGCUCUGUUCCAGUCGAGUGAGGAAUCUACCCUGCUGGCUUAUGACGCUGAAAGUCAAACCUUGACCUUGGACACUACGGGUGCGGGCUACGGACAACCUGGGCUGUGGGAAGCCUCGAUUACGGUGCCUGUGGAAAACAAAUUGACAAUGGAUAUCUUUCUUGACCGUUCGGUCCUGGAGAUUUUCAUCGGGGACGGCACCGUGUUUUCUGCGAAUGUUUUUCCUCGCUACCAGGAGUCUACCGACAUUAGCAUUGUAGCUAAGGAUGGUGUUGUUGCUCUUGAGGCCGCCUCUGUGACGCCGCUCGGCUCGAGCUGGUGUUGA